GAUGGCGACGUCCAUCCCAAACAGAUGUGAGCUCAGUCUGUGUUGACAAAAUACCCGCAAUAACUCACCAAAAACAAAGCCAGACACACUCGUCAAUACAAAGAAUAACAUCGUUUUCGCCGUUGGACAUCCGUUCAUGUGGGCAGAAGGCGUAGUGUCCGGUUUCAUGGCUGUUUGAGAGAGAUAUUGGGCGCACUCUCGCCAUGGCCACCGACAACAGGAUUCAUUUCUGGAGGAGAAACGCUAAGGUUCCCGGAAGUUUUUCUCUCUCUUAGCUUACAGCCAGUAUAUGGAGCACAGCACCCACCUCUGGAUCCACGGAGACACCGUCCAUUCAAAGACACUCCUAAGGCCAGCAGUGUGAACACCAAAUCAAAAAAGCCAUCAACAUUCCACGAAUUUGCACGGAGCACCAAUGACGCGUGGGACAUUGAUGAUGAAGAGGAUGACGGUAUGUUCGGUCUCAAACAGCCCUCGUCCUCACCUGUCCAAUCACGACCCACACCUCAAACACCUCGCCUUAAACUCUUCAAAGCCCCAGAGGACACAGAGCCACAGCCACGCCCACUAGACAGGCAGGGGCCAAUCAGCACAGAACUCAAUCAAGAUGAACUGGCAGUGGAGAGCGGUCCAGCCAAUGGCAGGGUAGUGAAGUCCUGUAGUGACGCCCAGCUGAAUGUCAGUGCAGCACGCAAUAUCCUGCAGAAACAGCAGUCACUUCCAGUACGGCCUGUCAUUCCAUUGGUUGCUCGCAUUUCAGACCAGAACGCAUCUGGAGCUCCGCCCAUGGCGGUGAGAGAGAAGACGCGAUUGGACAAAUUCAAGCAGCUGCUCGCCAGCCCCAACACAGACUUGGAGGAGUUACGGAAGCAUAGCUGGUCAGGAAUCCCACGUGAAGUUCGCCCAAUCACAUGGAGACUUUUAUCGGGCUAUCUUCCAGCCAAUAAGGAACGGCGGGAUCUGGUUCUCCAGAGAAAGAGGGAGGAGUAUUUUGGCUUCAUUGAGCAGUAUUACCAUUCCAGAACAGAUGAGAACCACAGGGACACGUAUAGACAGAUUCACAUCGAUAUCCCGAGGACAAACCCUUUGAUUCCUUUGUUCCAGCAGCCACUGGUGCAGGAGGUCUUUGAGAGGAUUCUGUUCAUCUGGGCUAUCCGUCACCCUGCUAGUGGAUACGUGCAGGGCAUUAAUGACCUAGUCACACCCUUUUUUGUGGUCUUCCUCUCAGAAUUCGUAGAGGAGGAUGUGGAAAAUUUUGAAAUGGCAAGCUUACCCCUGGAUACGCAACGAAACAUCGAAGCCGACAGCUUUUGGUGCAUGAGCAAAUUGCUGGAUGGCAUACAGGACAACUACACAUUCGCCCAACCUGGCAUUCAGAUUAAAGUCAAGGCGCUGGAAGAGCUCGUCAGCAGAAUAGAUGAGGACGUCCAUGUGCACUUUCAAAAAUGUGAAGUGGAGUACCUGCAAUUUGCGUUCCGCUGGAUGAACAAUUUGCUGAUGAGGGAGCUGCCGUUACGCUGUACCAUUAGACUGUGGGACACCUACCAGGCGGAGUCAGAAGGCUUCUCCCAUUUCCACCUCUACGUGUGCGCCGCCUUCCUCAUCAAAUGGCGCAAAGAGAUCCUCUCCAUGGUGGACUUUCAGAGCUUGCUGAUCCUCCUGCAGAACCUUCCCACAAUCCACUGGGGCAAUGAAGAGGUGGGUUUGCUGCUGGCUGAGGCCUACAGACUCAAAUACAUGUUUGCUGACGCUCCAAGCCACUACAAGAGAUGAGAUCCCUAACUGGAUCUCACCAUGACUCUACAAAUCCAGACAAUGGUCUGACCUAACGAUGGAAUCAGACAAAACGCCACAUCUUUGCUCUGGUUAAUCUGACACUGCAAAGACAGAGGUCACCAAUUUUCUCGAAUGACUUCAAAUUUGUGUCAUCGUCUGUUACAAUUCACGAUCAAGGACACGAGACAAAGUAAAUAACCACGAACAAAUUGGAUAUUUUGAACUCCAAAUAAUCUGACAGUUUCAUUUGACUUCAGAUUAUUUCGGAAGAUAACUGACAAUGAGAUGGCGAGGAAAAGAGAGCUUUUUAUAGGAACAUAUAAAAGUAUGAACCUAAAAACAGAAACAAAAAUUACAAAAACAAAAUUAAUAGUAGGUUGUUUUUCCCCUCAUAGUUUCCCAUUUUUUUUUAAUUUAAAAAAUGUUUUUCCUCUGAUGUGGUGGAACCACCACUCAUGUUUUGUGUUAUUACACCAUAAUGUGAUCUCCUUGGCCUCUUUGCUCAUUGCAGCAUUGAUUGUACCACAGGAAGGUAAUCACUCAGAGACUGUAUUAUUGAAGCUCUGCAAUACAUGAAGCUAUGGCAGCUUUAAAGGGUCAAUUCUCAAGAGACUGAGCUUUUCAGUCGGACCAAUACUAAUAAUCAAUACGGCACUGCCUGAGCGAUGUGUUUUGGUUUUCUUUGGGGUUUUUAUGUUGAUUAGAAUCAAAAGAAUGUGAAUUUUUAACAAUCUUAGAUGAGAAUCUAAUCUUUUAAAGUGGUGUUAUAUGCAUUCGAACCUGUUGCACAAUUAUUUCUUAGAAAGUGGGUACUUUAAGAGUUUUAACUUUGGUGCUUGACAACUACUGACGUAAUGUUUCAGCACAGACAGCUGAAUCAAACUGUGGUGAAAUAUUAAUAUUAGUUUUUAAGUCGAACUCCCUAAUACAUGCCUAGGUCACAUUCCAACCCCAAAUCAAAAUAAACAAAUAAGAAAUUAAAUUUUGUUUAAAGACAAUUAAUACUUAAAAUGAAGAUUGUUUCAUUACAGAUGAGCAAAUGUUCCCCACACAUUCUUAUUACCAUAAUACAUUUGGGCGUUUUAAUUUUUUUUAAUACCAUUAUUCUCAAUGGUGAUUCUCAUAAAAUGUUGCAUUACAGUAAAAAGUUACUGUAAUAAAUUUAUAUUUUUAAAUCGACAUAAAAUUAAAGGUAAUACAACAUAUAUUACCAUGAUGUAAAAAUACAAUUUACAGUUAAUAAUAUAAAAAGAAUACACUUUGAGAAAUGUUCUUAAUUGUUAUGAAUCCAAAUAAUCUUAAAGUCCUCAUGAUCUUUAAGCCAAAUAUAAUUUCUUAUUUUUUUAUAUUGUUGUGUAAUAUGACCCAGACAUGUUAUUUGACAAGUUUCAUGAGGUUUAUCCUCAUAAAGAAUGAUGAGGUCACCAUGCUGAGACCACAGGAAUGGAGCUGCAUUUAACUGUGUUAAAAAUGGAAACUACUGACUUAAAGGGAUAGUUCACCCAAAAUGAAAAUUCUCUCAUCGUUUACUCGCCCUCAUGCAAUCUCGGAUAUGUAUGACUUUCUCUCUUUUGCAGAACACAAAUGAAGAUUUUUUAGAAGAAUAUCUCAGCUCUGUUGCUCCUCACAAUCCAAAUGAAUGGUGACCAAAUUUUGAAGGUCAAAAAAAUGACAUAAAGGAGGCAUAAAAGCAAUCCGUAUGACUCCAGUGGUUAAAUCCAUAUAUUCUGAAGCAAUAUGAUACAGUACGUAUGGGUGAGAAACAGUUCAAUAUUUAAGUCUUUUUUCUUUUCUUUCUUUUUUUUUUUUUUUACUAUCAAUCUCCACCAUUGACCAGCCCCAACCAGUAGGUGGCUAAAUGUAAAAGUGAAAGUCACUUCCACACCAGAAUGUGGAAGAGAAAAUGAAAGUGUAGAUUUUGAGUACAAAAAGGACUUAAAUAUUGAUCUGUUUCUCACCCACACCUAUCAUAUCGCUUCAGAAGACAUGGAUUUAAUGAUUGGAGUGUUAUGGAUUACUUUUAUACUGCCUUUUGGACCUUCAAAGUUCUGGUCACCAUUCACUUGAAUUGUAUGGACUUAAAGAGCUGAAAUAUUCUUUUAAAAAUCUUUCUUUGUGUUUUGCAGAAUAAAGUAAAUCAUACGCAUCUGGGAUGUCAUGAGGGUGAGUAAAUGAUGAGAGAAUUUUCAUUUUUGUGAGAAAUAUCCCUUUAAUAUAAUAACCUGAAAGGUUUUGUUUAUUUUUCUGUGUGGUACUGAAAUGUAGGCAGAGUUUAAUGUAUAUAUAACAAAUACACUCUGAGCAGCUGAUUUCUGGCCCAAACCCAAAUUAAAAUCUUGUUGCAGGAACAGUACACAUACUCUCAGAUCACUGUGAAAAGGCAUCUACCAUCUGCACGUCCAUUCAGUCUCCCAGGGCGAACGAUGAAUGCAGAUGUUUAUGCUAAUCAGAUGUAGAUGAUCUGAUAAUCUUCCCCUUUCCUUUGAACCUACGUUUUACCUCUAGGUACAUUUAGUAACUCCAGCUGAUACAUUUUGAUUGGUGAUUAAUUGUUAAAGUUCAUCUGAAUCUUCUGCAUCAUUUACCUUUCCAAAGUACAAGUGUGACAUUUAUAAAUUGAUGAAUUAACAAAAGAAAAUAUUUUUAUUGAAAUCUCUAUUCAUCUCUUAUAACUUGGCAAUCAGCAAGGACCAAAACCCCACAAGGAUAAUCUGAAUAAUAAAUUAGUAUCUUUAUGCUUUAAUUAUUGAAGCAAAUGGAGUGUGUUGAUUAGAGAGAGGUGUCCGAAUCGGUUAAAAGUGACGCCGUUUAACUGUUUUAUCUCAGUUUGCUGAUGUUAAAAGCUUGAAUAAUGUACAUUUGUCAGCUUGCUCUCUCUGUUCAUCUGUCAGUGGCAUUUGAAACCACCUGCACCAUACAGUCUUGCUGUUACAAUGCACUCUAUUUUGAAGUGAACUGAAAUGUAUUUUUUUUUCUUAUAUCUUAAGUUUGUCUUUGCAGAAUUUAAUGAGCUGAUGUUCACUCCAGAGAUGAUAACUGGCUCUCUCGUCAUCCUUUCAAAGUGCGGUAAUUAAAGGGUGACUUAUUUUAGAGGGUUGAAAUUGCUGACCCUGUUGAAGAAAUGGAAGUAAUUAUUCAUGAGAUGUUCUUAUUUUAACUCCUUGUGAUGUGGUACAUCUUGAGUAAAGGUUACGAAUUAGUUACAGCUCCAGGUUGGGCACUUUUUAGUCAGUGAAUGUAUGCAUCAAACAUUUGAACAUUUAUGGUCAUUUUGAUUUUUUUUCAACAUUUUAUAAAUGUUAUAUAAAGUCUCGAUUUCUCCUUCUAGCACAAUUGAUUGUAUUACAUUUGUCGCCUGUUCCUGCCUGCAUCAACAUGAAAUUCCAAACAUUAUUAUUCCAAAGAGAAAAAAGAGGUCUUUGUAAUCGUUCUUCGAAAUUAAAUAACUUGCUCCGCCACUGAAACGAUUUUCCUUUUUACCCUAGAUUGUGUGAGAGAGAAAAAUAACUUUAAAGGAAAAUGUAGGGUAAAUAAUAAUAAUAAUAAUAAUAAUAAUAAUAAUAAUAAUUUAGACUCGCCCCUCCAUUUAAAAAAAAAAAAAAAAAAAAAGAAAAAAAAAAAGUAGUACCUACAGCAAGGUGCUUAUAUUGGAAGUGAAUGGGGCCAGUCCAUAAAUGUUAAAGUACACACCGUAUAGCAACAAGAUGUAAACAUAAUAUGUUUACAUGAAUUUAGUGAAAUACAAUCACUUAGUAAUAUUAUCUGUGUAAAGUGAAAGGAAUUUUCUAGGUUUGGUACAAGUUAAGCUCUAUCGACAGCAUUUUUGGCAUAAUGUUUAUUACUACAAAAAUGUUAUUUCGACUCCGUCCUUUUCUUUAAAAAAAGGUGACAGUGAGGCACUUAAAAUGUAAGUGAAUGGAGCCUAUCUUUGGAGGGUUUAAAGACAGAAAUGUGAAGUCUAUAAUUUUAUAACAGCACUUAUAUUAAUUCUUCUGUUAAAAUUAAUGUAUUAUUUGAGCCGUAAAGUUGUUAAAUUUCAUUUUUAUAAUUAUUUUAUGGUUUUAGGCUUUAUUGACAUUACAUCGUCAUGGCAGCGAAGUUGUAAAAUUGGCUAUAACUUUACACAGAAAAAGUUAGUGAUUUUAGUAUACUAAAAUCAUGUUUACAUGCAUAUUGUAUAUGUCUUGUGGCUAUACUUUUGAAACGGUGAGUAUUUUAAUGUUAAAAAAUUGGUCCCCAUUCACUUCCAUUGUAAGAGCCUCACUGGAACCCAGAUUUUUUUUUUUUUUUUUUUUUUUUUUAGAAAACAAGGGGCAAGUCAAAAUACAUUUUUGUAGUAGUCAAUAUUAUGCCACAAAUGCUGUCGAUUUGCGCUCAACUUGUAUGGACCCCAGAAUAUUCCUUUAAAUUAAAAAUAACAACCUUGUUGCCACAACUAAACCCUGUAAUAAUAUUGGAUAUAACUUCACACAGAAAAGGUUUGCAAGCGUUUUUUUCUUUUUUUUUUUUUCAACAUUAUGCUGCAAAUGCUGUCGAUUGAGCUUAACUUGUACUGAACCCGGAAUAUUUCUUUAACUAACAGCGAAAUGGCUAUUUAGUCAUUAUUUAAGACUACUGUUGUAGGUACUGCAGCCUGUCUAAAAUUUAGCGAUUAGCAUGAAAGGAAAAAGUCUGCGGCAAUAAUAAUGAUAGAUUUGAAUAUUAAGUGUUACCAUUGUAAUGCCUGCUUUCUCGAUCCAGUCCAUUCUUGAUGGAUAAAGUCCCAUCCUACGUUCUUUUUUUCUUAAAUAUUCUGUUUCUCCUGGAUAUACAGUGGUGUGAAAAAGUGUUUGCCCCCUUCCCGAUUUCUAAUUUUUUUGCAU